CCGUUGAUAUUGAUCAUUUCUAUCUUGUGGUAACUCUUUCACAAUUUUCAAUACUAUUUAGUAUACAUUUCCAAACCUCUGCUGCUGAUACUGUUUCUUAAUCACAACAAACUCUUACGAAAUAACAUGCUUGGCUUGCACAUCUACACAUACUAUACAUUAUAUGAAGGUCGUUGACUUUUAUUAAUCAAGAAACUACAGCUGUACUAGUAAAAACAAGGAGAACGCAAUGAGUGAGAAAAAUCAAGAAACGAUUGGAUUAGGCGACUAUCCAGCCCAACCUCAGGGAUAUCAUAGUGGUGGUUAUGCAGGAAACCCGAACCAACCUCCGCCUUACGAUAGCAAUACCCAAGGGUAUGGUCAACCACAAGGUUAUGCACAGCCACCCCCUCCUCAAGGAUACAGUCAACAACCUGGCUUUGCACAGCCACCCCCUCCUCAAGGAUACAGCCAACAAGCUGGGUACCAACCAGUACCUCAAGGCUAUACACAACAAGGCUACCCGCAAACACAACAUUAUGGAAAUCAACCGAUGUAUGGAGGUCAAGGACAAAAUGUUAUUGUUGCACAGCCUAUGCCUGUAACUUCGGUAAUGACCACCUCACAACCAAGACCAACCAAUUGGUUAGUUCCAGCAAUCCUGACGUGUCUAUGCUGCUUCUGGCCAACUGGAAUAUGUGCUAUAUUAGCUGCUCGUAGUGCUAAUCAAGCAGCUGAUGAAGGAAACAUGCCAUUUGCUCAGGAAAAGGCAACUAAAGCUAGGAAUUUCAUAGUUAUAACAGUUAUACUUGGUGUCAUAUGCCUUGCAAUAUUUAUAGUCUUGAGAGUUAUGGGAACCUCAUCGAGUUCCUCCUAUUAUGGCUAAUUAUAGAAACUGAUUUCACCCUGGCUUCAAUACAGCAUUAUAGACUAUAAUUUUUACAUUUAUGUUUGUGUCGGAAAGUCCAUUACAUUGUAUUCCAUGACUGUAUAAUCAUGUAGUUGAAUAUUCAAC